AUGGAGGGAAACGAGGGAAGCACCAACAACGAAGAUGAAAGAAGAAAUAAAGUUGGAAGGCCUGCAUUGGAUAUUACACGAGAAAAUCUUGUCGUCUUGCAGAAGAAAGGCUUCACAGCAAAAGAAAUGGCUCAAAGUUUUGGAUGUUCUCAGUCCUUAAUUUACACCAAGCUACAAACUUUAGGAUUGCAACAGAGAAAAAAAUAUUCAAGUAUAUCACAUGAUGAAUUGUUGGAAGUUGUUUCCAGAAUACAUAAAGACUUUCCAGCUGCUGGUGAAAAGAUGAUGCAUGGAUACCUUCUUGCUGAAGGAAUUUAUGUACAGAGGAAAAGAGUUCGCGAGACCCUUUCAUCUUUAGCAGAUAGAAUGGAAAAGAAGAAACCCAUCUCCAGAAGGGUAUACAAAGUACCAACUCCCAAUAGUUUAUGGCACAUGGAUGGUCAUAUGAAAUUGGCCAGGUGGGGAAUUACUACACAUGGAUGUGUAGAUGGGUUUUCAAGGUGCAUAGUUUAUCUUCAUGCUUCAUUAAACAACAGAGCACCUACAGGGAGAUCUGUGCACAACCAGAGGAUCGAAAGAUUGUGGAGGGAUGUGCACACACAAGUUACAAGCUUCUUCUAUAGCACAUUCUAUGCUCUUGAAGACAGUGGGAAAUUGGAUAUAAACAAUCAAAAUGACAUGUUAGCUCUGCACUUUGUAUAUCUGCCGGAAAUUAAUCGUCGACUUUCCCUUUUUCACAGCUCCUGGAACCAACAUUCCAUAAGAACAGAGGGAAACCAGACCCCAGAACAGCUGUUUAUUACUGGAACUCUUACAAAUAGCAGCAAAAACAGCUCUGCAAUACAAGGUAUAUUAUCUCAAGAAUUCUCCCUUAAAGAACAGUUAAAAAAAGGACUAAACGAGUAUGGGCUGUCCCUGGAUGACUUUCCUAAUACAGACAUUCCAGAUGAAGAUGAUGCUAUGGAACAAUUACAGUUACCUGACAAUGUUAUUCGAGAGGACAUGGUGUUGGAUGAAAAAUUUGAGGCAGUCAAAAUGUUCCUUUAUACCUCAGCAUGAUUUCUUCAACCAAGAUUCCACACUUUACAUUUUUUUAAGCUUUCAUGUAAAGGGUACUUAACACAAACAAAAAGUUUGA